AUGGAAGAAGAUUUCAGUUACUACGUCUACAUCACACUCACGCUGGUUCCGGUUUAUUUAGCAUUCAAGCUUGUGCAAUGGAUGGGCUGGGAGCUAUUCGUGAACAACUAAAUCCGGUGCUCGGAGCCCGGCAAAACAUUCCAAAAAUCACAAAUCCUAGUAAUAAAAAGCUAGUGUGAUAGAAUCGCGAAACGUUAGUAUCCGCUGAGUGCAGUUGACGAAGGAAAGUGGGACCGCAGUAAUUGGCAGCGGUCCCGGUCGAUGGCGAUGGUGCGUCGCUUGAGCAUUAUCUCGCGCUCCAGCUCGUUCCGGCGGUUUACCAACUCCUGCUUCACGUCUUCUUCCUGUUUAAGCAGGGCAUUCAUGGCCGAGGUGCCCUCUUCGAGGGACUUAACCUCCGCGAUCAGAAGGGCCUGCGGCUGAUCGCGACAGUUUUCGACCCGCGGACGCUGGUUCCUGUUAUCCAGUCGAUGUCCGCCAAACGUUGCAACGUCUAGAAGAAUAGUGUGACUGUAUCAGACUGUCCAGCCCCGGAAAACGCAGCAUUCAUCCGGUUGCUUACCGUUCGUAGAUCGAUCUCGAGUUUUUCACGUAUCUCUUCCAUGCACGAAAUGCGCGUAGCCAACGCCCGCUCCACGCAAUCGGCUUGCGUCCGAAGAUCACGGGCAGCGUUCGUCAGGAUGGCAUCGAGUGUGUUGCGCAACUGUUCAGACUUCAAGCGGCAGUCGUUGAACAUGGUGAGCGUUUCUCGUGUAAACU